AUGGCCGGCCCUUACAAUAACAACAAGCGCACCAUGGGCAGCAAAUUUCAGAAACCCAUGAAACGACAAAAGCGCGAACGACGUGUGCAAAAGGAAUACCAUAGCAGUACCGAGGACGAAGAGGAGGGCGAGGACCAGCAGCAAGAGUUUGACGCCGUCAACCUGCUAGACUCGGACGACGAUAUCCACAAUGCCAAGGUCGACGACAUUGGCGAAGACGACGGCAGCGGAAAUUCAAGUUCAGAAGAUGAGGCGGCGGCUCCUCAAAAGAAGGCCGGUGCCGCCAAGGGCAGCGUCAAAGCCAAGAUGCCCAAAAAGCUAGCCACAGACGAUAACAGCGCCGUGGUUGAGGGCUUGCCCGAGGUGCAAGACGAUGACGAGGAUGAUGACGACGACGACGAGGAUGACGACGACAUGGAUGACGAGUUCGACUUGGACGACGACGACGACGAUGAGGACGGCUCGAGAAAACCCAAGAAGCGCAACGACCCAGCCGCCUUUGCCACGUCGCUGUCCAAGAUUCUGUCCACCAAGCUCUCGUCGUCGAAGCGCGCCGACCCCGUGCUCGCGCGCAGUGCCGCCGCGCACGAGUCGUCGCGGGCGGUGCUGGACAGCGCGCUCGAGGCCAAGGCGAAGCGGCAGCUGCGGGAGCAGAAGCGCAAGGCGCAGGAAAAGGGCCGCGUGCGCGACGUGCUCGUGGCCACGGCGGCGACAACCAGCGCGCUCGAGCCCGAGGUGACGACGUCCGAGAUCCUGGCCACCGAGGCCAAGCUGCGCAAGGUGGCGCAGCGCGGCGUGGUCAAGAUGUUCAACGCGGUGCGCGCGGCGCAGGUCAAGAGCACCGAGACGGAGCGCGCGGCGCGGGACGGCGGCGUGCUGGGCAUGAACAGGCGCGAGGAAAAGGUGAAUGAGAUGAGCAAAAAGGGCUUCCUGGACCUGUUGGCCUCGGGAGGCAACGCGCUGAAAAAGGGCGCGAGCGCGAUUGAGGAGGCGUAG